CUUUCUCAUCUCACAUCCUCAAUCAUAACUUCUUGUCACAGACCAACCAUAAAUAGAGAGGGAUACUGGGAGAGAGAGAUGGAGACGUUUUGCAGAGUAUUAUCUUGCUGUUUUAAGACACAAGAGAGAGAGUGAGGUAGAGAGCUUACUGCUAAUUCUGUCUUGAUCAAAUAAGAGAUCAAGAAUCUUGUUGUUUGAAAGCAGACAAAAAGAGAGAUGAUGGGUGUGAGUUAUAACGUAGGAGAAGUAGCUCCAUUUGUAGUGAUGGUGAUAAUGGAAGGUUGCACUAUAGCACUGACCAUUAUGGCCAAGACGGCCAUCUCCGGAGGGAUGAGCCCUUUUGUAUUUGUUUUGUAUACAAAUGCUCUAGGUUCUAUUAUUCUCUUCCCUUGUUCCUUCUUGUUUCACAGGGAAAGGGUUGAACAGCUACUCUUCACCUUACCUCUUCUCUUGCGACUCUUCUUCUUGGGUUUCACAGGGAUAGCUUUGUCUCAGAAUCUGGCAUUUGUGGGUCUAAGCUACAGUUCACCAAUAGUUGUAUGUGCAAUGGGCCUUCUGAUCCCUGCCUUUUCCUUCAUUCUUUCCAUUAUUCUCAGGAUGAAAAAGCUGGAGUGGAGUAGCUCAAGUUUCCAAUUCAAAGUGCUUGGCACCUUGAUAUCAGCCAUAGGAGCAGUGAUAGUAGAACUUUACAAGGGUCCAUAUAUAAGAGAAGCUUCAUCUUCGUCUCUUAAACUCAAGCAGAAACAGCACCUAUUUGUUUUCUACUCAGCACCAGACCGCUGGGUUCUUGGUGGUUUAUUGCUUGCAGCUUCUUGUUUAUGUAAUUCAAUAUGGAAUGUUAUCCAGUUGGGAACUGUGAAACAAUAUCCCCAAGUGAUGAAAAUAGCCUCUUUUUAUAGCUUAGCUGGGACUAUUCAAUGUGCAAUCUUCUCUUUGAUUGUAGAAAGAGACUUGAAUGCUUGGAAGAUAAAGCAUAACAUGGAUCUACUUCUCAUUGUUUUGACAGCAAUCUUUGGGAGUGUUAUUCGUAGCAGUGUACACAUCUCGUUUACACGCAUGAAGGGCCCUUUUUACGUCCCCUUGUUUCAGCCAUUUAGGGUUUUUUGGGCAACCUGUUUUGGCGUCAGCUUCUUCGUAAAUAGCCUUCACUACGGCAGUGUGAUAGGAACAGUAAUAUGUGGAAUGGGAUAUUACACAGUAACAUGGGGACAAACGCGAGAAGAUGAAAAACGCAAAAACUUUGACGUUGAAAGAGCCAAUUCUUCUGAGGAAAAGGUCCCUCUUCUGCAACAAGAUGCAGAAGUCUAGAAGUUCUAGGCAAUUAAAAUACUUUAGAAGAGCUCUUCUGCAAAGAGUCUUUCAUAAAUAGAAGUUGGAGGCAGGUACAUGGGGAUCUGCAGCAGCCUCGUUCAGCAAAUGUACAUUUUCUUGUGAAUAAAUUAAACUUGUAAAAAUUGGAAAACCAGUGUGCUGUAUUUUUGGACAUUUGAAACUGUUCUUUUAUUUUCUUGAUUGCUUGGAAGAUGUUUUUGAAUUUUCAAGUGAUUCUACAAGAUAUAUUAAUUAAUUUCUUCGUCUUGUUUUA